AUGGAUCUCAUUCGGUCCGUAAGGUGCACGGAUCGUUGGCGCGUGCCGGUAAGGUGCGCGGGCAGACGCCCAAGGUGGAGAAGCAGGACAAGAAGAAGCAGCCCAAGGGCCGCGCGCACAAGCGCAUGCAGUACAACCGCCGCUUCGUCACCGCCGUGGUGGGAUUCGGCAAGAAGCGCGGCCCUAACUCGUCUGAGAAGUAAAUGCUGCGACGCUGUGUGCUUCCGCACCCUAGCACCAUGGCAUAGCACAUCCAAACUGCAAUCCAUGCACAUACCUGUCAUCACCAUGGUCAACCUCUGGCUCGCUCCACCACCAUCAGAUCGCUCCUCCUUCACACUUCCAAACUUGUCCGCACCUCUCCGGCUGGUUUGCUAG